GACAGGCCAGUGGAACUCGAAAACGAGUAUAUGCGUAAAGCUAGCGCAUAUAUCGAUGCUCUUCCAGAUACCAAGCUCGGCACGGCGCGUCUCAUUGGAGUUGUCUCAAAGAAGCUGCAUGGCGCCUAUGCUCGAGAUAUGAAGAUGCAACAAGAAAGCGUCGAAGCCAUCAAGGCACGGUUUGCAUUCGCCAUUGUCACCUAUCUCAACAAGGUGUUGGCCAAAGGCCCAAAGAAAUGCACGACGGAUUUUAUCAAGCAGAUACUGCACGAUGUCCAAGGCGACUUUCUCAAACUAUGCGCAAAACUUGUGGAAGAGAAGUACGUCUCACUAGAAAAGCUGGAUGACGUUGCUGGUCUGGCAAAAGUCAUGCUGGAUAUUUUCCCCAAGAGAGAGCUUGGCCAUGACACAGUUACUGGAGGCAUGCCAAAGACAGAGCCACCAAACUAUCCAACUAUUCAAGAGAAAACUGCAGAGUCCAAGGUCGCAAGUGAUAGCGCCGGAUCAUGGCCAUCGCAGGACAAACGGGAGACUUUUGCCGCUCAUCGUACGUGCAUACUUAAAGGUGUCACGGCUGUCACUAGUAUCAACCAACUGCAAGCUCUAGUCUGGGGCGGCAGGCUCGAGUCGAUUUCCGGGCCGGAGUCUGGCUCGUCCAAUGCUCUCGUCAAGUUUCUGACAGCCGAUGCAUGCGAGCGAUACCACAGGGAUACCGCGAACGGCAUCACGAUCAAGGCUGAUAUGAAAAACGCCGUGGUGUUUGUCGAGCUGACGGAAGGCCCAAACUCUACAAACGACGUCAUCCAGCGCUGUAUCGAGGGAGGUGUCAGCCGUUGUGUCCGAGCUAUUGGAAAAGUAGAGUGCAAUGACACGCAGCUCAUGGCACUUGCUCAGGGAAAGGAUCAAGCCAAGAAGCGCGAGGUGGAUCGCAUCAAGCGUGGCAAGAAUGUGCGCGGUCACGAAUAUGUGGAAUUCCGCUUCGCGAAUAUCUACAACGCCCUCAGUUUCCGACGCGAGCUCAUGGAUGACGAUGACUGGGAACACUGCAACAUUGGCUAUGCGCCUGAUCCGUGUGAGGUUGCGGCGGGUCUACACUACGAGGACUAA